AUGGCGAAGAGAAGAAGAAGAAGAAGAAGAAGAAGGGCUUCCUGUGAGACGCCCCGAGUGCUCGUCUUCACGCCUCGUGUCUGCGCUGCGCUCCACAGGCGACUAGAGAAAGGCGUGGACCACCUGACCAACGCCAUCGCCGUGUGCGGUCAGCCGCAGCAGCUGCUGCAGGUGCUGCAGCAGACUCUGCCUCCGCCCGUCUUCCAGAUGCUGCUCACCAAGCUGCCCAGCAUCAGCCAGCGGAUCGUGAGCGCCAGAGUCUGGUUCAGACUCAAUUCUCCGUCCCUGCUGCCACAAACACACGACAGCACCAGAUGUCGAUUCAUCCGCCGCUGA